AUGACGACCCGAUCCAACGGCGACGGCCAAGGCCACGGCGGCGCAGGGUCCUGGUACCCGCAGCGCCGCCCGCACUACGGGUACGGCGGCGGGUCCGCCUCCUUCCGCGGCUGCUGCUGCUGCCUCUUCCUGCUGCUCACCUUCCUGGCGCUCCUCGCCCUGGCCGUCGCGCUCGUCGUCGUGCUCGUGGUGAAGCCCCGCAAGCCGCAGUUCGACCUCAACCAGGUGUCCGUGCAGUACCUCCUCGUGGCCUCGCCCACGUCCCCCGCGGCGGCGUCCCCAGCCGGCGUGCCCCCCGCGGCCCCCGGCGCCGCCUACCUCUCCCUCAACAUUACGCUGCUCUUCACCGCCGAGAACCCCAACAAGGUGGGCAUCCGGUACGGCGCGACGGCGUUCGACGUCAUGUACCACGGGGUGCCGCUCGGGGUGGCGGCGGUGCCCGGGUUCGAGCAGCCCGCGCACAGCACCCGCCUGCUCCAGACCCGCGUCAUUGUCGACCGCUUCAACGUGCUCCAGACUGACGCGCAGGAUCUCAUCCGCGACGCCGCGAUCAACGACCGCGUCGAGCUCCGCAUCACCGGCGACGUCGGCGCUAAGAUCCUCGUGCUCGGCUUCUCCUCCCCAAAAGUGCAGAUGGAUCAGAGAACCAAGGUUCUAAUUUGUUCAGCUGCUGCAUAUAUGUUCUUGUUCAUGGUGGCCACGGUUAUUCAGUCUAGAAAAAGAAAAAGACGUGCCAGUAGAGUUGGUGUUCAAAUAUACCGUCUCAGCAGCAGUGCAUCAAGCCGAUUUUUCUUGAUUAGCAGCUGGAACAAGUAUUCAGGUGAGCAGGUCAUGGCAGACCUAAACGAGGAAGUUGAGGGAACAAAUGGACAUGCUGUAUGGACAGCACCAGAGACCGCUUUUAUGCCGACUCACCUAGCCAAUCUGGUGGCUAGUGGCACAAAGACAUGUUCUGGCUUUAAGAAAGUCCAUUUGAACACUUGUGCUAAAGCUGUCAAUGAAAAGUUCAGGACUAUGAAGACUGGAGAGCAAGUUAAAAAUCAUUUGAAGACACAACAAAGGAAGUUUGCAAAGAUGACCAAGCUUAGGAAAGUGAGUGCUACUAGUUGGGAUGAGGACAACUUCAUUAUCACUCUUGAUGAGGAGCACUACAAUGAUUAUGUUAAGGAUCACAAGGCUGAUGCUGAAUUCUUGAACAGGCACCUUCCAAACUAUGGUGAGAUGCGGACAAUCUUUGGAAAUAGUAUGGCAACAGGAAAAUUUGCCAAGGACUCAAAUUCAGCAUUAGGUACUGAAGAAGCUGACAAUGAAAAUGAAGACCUGAAUGCAAAUACUGUGAGUGAGUUGAAUGCAAAUGGUGAGAGUGAGGCCACUCCCUCUCCUUCUAAUCAAGGGGCUACCUCAUCAGCAAGCAAGCCAAAGAAAGCUAGGGUUGGUGGGGAUGAAGAGGAUGGGCUGAUUGCUGUAAUCAGUCGUGUUGGUGACAGACUUGCUGAAGCUAUAGAGAAGGCCUGUGCUGCACCCCCACCACAGCCCACCAAUGAUUUACCAGAUGAUCUAUUCAACAUAUUGAUUAACCUUCUAGGUUUUGAUGCCGCCCAGUUAAAUCUGUACUACCAGUAUUUGGUGGCCAACAAAGACAUGGGACGCGCAUUCUACAACAUUCCUUUUGACCACAAGUUGAUGUGGGUGGCUAUGUUUGUCUCAGAGAGGUUCCCAGGACAGUGA